GCGAUGGCAUCGAACGUUUUAUUGUUCUUGUACCUCAGUACGCUCUACUUAACUUGGUGUGAUGCAAGCGAUCCCAGCGUGCCUAAACUGUAUUUUGUAGAUGCUAAUGUAACCAACGAAGGCGUCACGGAAACUCAACACGCGACUUGCAAAAUUGCAACAGAAGAAUUGGUCGCCAGCGCGCGUACCACCGUCACGAGGGUACUCACAGGAGCCUGCAACGCCAAGACGAUCGAAGAGAGAUUGCAAGCCCUGGAGAAGAACUUGACCCAAGAAUUGGACGAGAUGAAGACGAUGCUUCGAUCGGUUUUGCAAAUCCAAAGAGAUUUACCAAAAUUACCUAAACCGUUGCGAGAGGAGACGAACUACAAAGAUCGCUACGAAAAUUAUCACAAAAAUCCCGCACCGUCGCCGAGACAGUUAGAGAUCGACGAGUUCAACAAUACCAUCCAGGAGAUUCUAUCCAUAAAUGGAACCAUUUUCCUUUACUACUGGCAAAUAAAAAACUUCAACGAGAAGCUCGCCAGUUGGAAAACCACACGGUCCGAGCGCACUUCCACGUUUUAUAUCGGUCGGAAUGGAUACGCCAUGUAUAUCAAGGCUACGCCACGCUAUUUUCCAGACGGCACCGUCUUCAUGGGCGUUGGACUAACUCGUGGUCGUCACGACUCCUUUCUUAAAUGGCCCUUUACCCACAAAAUGCGGCUCGAGGUUCUGGAUCACUCGUCCGUAGACCAUCGUCAAGAUCGACGUUCGCGGAUCUGGGAUCCGUCGACGCUCUGCUCGGAAUAUUUUUGGGGCCGUCCAAAAUUAACUGGAGAACCCGACAAUCCAGAAUGCGUCGGCCUGAGCGUCCCUCGGCAAGUUCUUUACGCCAAGCUGCCACUUUCCAGCGACCACGUCUCGAGAAAUACGAGAUACAUUUGGAACGGAAGCGUCACGAUAAAGCUGACAGUUUUCCUUUAGAUCCUUUAUCCGAUAAUCUUUAUACGAACACGAGUAAUAAUAAUAUUAGGUCUACCGGGAAGUUCCGUUCGUCCAAGUUUCAACAAGUACGCGAAUAUUCAUUAACAAUCGCGUAUACAAAUUCCAAUCACGGCGGCAAGAAGUCGUAUUAGGUAGACUGGAAGGUAAUGUCGUUUCUUUUACAUUAAAUCCAAACAAAUUUUUGAUAAAUUUCUAUUUUUAAUUAAUUAUGUAAUCGUCCUCGUUAUCAACAGCCUCUUGCCGUCUAGUGUGGAAAUUUUCAAUGCCAGAUCGAUGAAAAUCAAUGAACUGACGAGUGAUAGACAAGUAUUUAAAAUUGCAAAAAACGACAUUACUUUC